AUGAGUGAACCGAUCGCCGAAGACGUCCCCGUCGAGCAGCCGACUGCACCUGAAGACCUACCUGCAAAGCUGGACCAGCUCAAGGCAUCUGCGACGCACCAGUAUUCCCUCAAGAAGUAUGACAAGGCCGCCGAAUACUACAGCGAGGCAGCCGCUGUGCAGGAUGAGAUCAACGGCGAGAUGGCGCCCGAAAACGCCGACCUUCUAUACCAAUACGGCCGCUGUUUGUACCGCGUCGCAGUCGAGAGUUCAGAUGUGCUGGGCGGCAAGGUUGCCGGGGAGGAGCCCAAGCGCAAGAAGAGAAAAGUCUCCAAGGCACAAGCAGAGAGCAGUGUUGCGGCGACGAAUGGGGGAGAGAGUGCGGGAGGCUUGAUUGCCGAUGCGAUCAAAGACGGCGAGCAGAAGACAGCCGAGGAGAUGGUCGGCGCUGCUGCGAACGAAGUCGACGGCAUGAAGCCCGAAAACAGCUCAAAUCCCUUCCUUCAGAUCACUGGCGACGAGAACUGGGAACAUUCGGACGAAGAGGGUGAAGAGGGCGAAGGCGAGCCAGAAGAGGAGGAGGAUGACUUUGCGACGGCCUACGAGAUUCUGGACAUGGCGCGUGUUCUGCUGUCUCGCAAGCUAGAAGCGGCACAGAACGAUGACGGCAAGGGCAAGAGUACAGAAGAAAAGCCAGAAGUGCGGCAGUUGAAAGAGCGUUUGGCGGAUACUCACGACCUACAAGCUGAGAUCUCACUAGAGAAUGAGCGCUUCCAGGACGCCAUCAACGAUACACGAGACGCGCUCAAUUUGAAGGUGCAGCUCUACCCAGAGGAAAGCAGCCUGAUUGCUGAAGCCCACUACAAGCUGUCUCUGGCUCUCGAAUUCGCAUCGGUGACAUCGACCGAGGAGACCCCUGAUGGUGACUCCAAGGUUGCUCAGGUUGACGAAGACAUGCGCAAGGAGGCCGCUAAUGAGAUGGAGCUCGCUAUCGCUUCAUGCAAAGCUCGCGUGACGAAGGAGGAAGCACGUCUCGCUUCGCUCGAUGCGGCGAAAGCAGCAGACAACAAGAGCGCCAUCGCCGAAGUCAAGGACAUGAUCAUCGACAUGGAGCAGCGUCUCGAAGACCUGCGCAAGCCUGCUGUGUCGCUGAGUGCCAUGCAGCCUGCCGGAGCGCCUGGCAGCGACGAGGAAGCUCUCAGGGGUGUCCUUGGGUCAUUGAUCGGCGAGAGCAAGGGCGAGCAAGCUAAGCGCUUGGCCGAAGCGACGCAGAACGCGAACGACUUGUCUAGCAUGGUGAAGAAGAAGAAAUCCAAGCAGGAGGCUGCGCCCGUUGAAGAGGGCAAGGGGAAGCGCAAGGCCGAGGAGGUCGUAGAGGGUGCGGCAAAUGGGAAGAAGGUCAAAUUCUCGAGCGAAGCAGAAGCUGACGCAUGA